CUUCGAGCUGAACUUUCAAACUUAAAGGCUGAAAAUAAAGCCAUUAAAUGGUUAAAGAGUCAAAAUGAAAGUCUCAAGAGCCAAAAUGAAACUCUCAAGAACCAAAUUGAUAAUUUAGCUACUAAAGAACAACAAGAUGCUAAAAAUCGACAACAUCUUGAGCAAAAAGCACGACAUGCUGAGAAAUUAAUUAAAGAAAAUGAACGGCUACGAACUGAAAAUAGCAAGUUGACAGAAUCUGAACGAAAAGCACGCGAACUUGCAGCACAUGAACUUUCAGAAUCAAUGACUAAAAAACAAAAUUCAUCAUCACCAAUUGUUAAUGUAAUACCCGCUGAAAAUGUAUUAAAGAAUAAUUCUAAUGGUCCAAUAUCUGAACGAAGCAUUGAACCAUCCUCUUCAAAACUUACUACCGUUUUAGAGGCUCCACCUUCAAAACGUAACAGUAAAAUUGAAUCAUCUCAUACUAAUGGUGUUGCUGUCGUACCGCAAGAAAAUAUACAAGACCAAAAGAAUUUAGUUCCUGAAAUUAAUAAAAAUGGUGUAACCCCACGACCAAAGAAGAAUGAGGGAAAUGAAAACGAUGGUUGGAUUACUGUGCAAAAACGAAGAAGUGUUAGACAAAGGAAUAGUAUG